AAUCGAAUAUUUAUUUCUUCCUCUUCAGGUAUUUUAACAUAGCAACAAAAGUUACGAUAAAAAGAAUAGGGUGCAAGAUCCUCGGAGUCACAUGCAUGAGAAUAUUUACAGUACGUAUUUACAGCGCGCACAGCAUCCUUCGCCCCUCUCUCCUUUCUCACUACAUAUUAUUACGUACUACACGUUCGAACUUGAAAUCUCAAAUGUCAGUCGUGUGCGUACUUCGAACGAGUGAGGGUUGUGUGGUGUCUCCGAGGACCUCGGAAGCUAUUUAGAACGAACAAACGAAGAUAAACAGAUAAUCUCUUGAAAGAUGCUUCCAUCAUCGAGAAGUACGUGGAAAUCAGCAUACUAUUACAAUGCCGAUAAUAGUUACGCUUUUUAUCGUACCACCGAUAUUAAUUUGGAAGAUGCGAAUAAAUCGGUUAAACCAGCGAGAACAUUAAAGUUUGUACCACGAAGCAGCAGUACUCGAAACUAUUCUCCUCAGAGGAAACAUAUUCCUCGAACGAUUCGUUUGACAGAAUAUCAGGAAGCUGUACUUGAGGAUCAAUUUAAAAGAUGGCCAAGGGCACCUCAUACAGGUGAUAUUGUCCUGUUGGCAGCGGAGACAGGCUUAUCCGAAGAUGACGUCCAGGAUUGGUACGCUAUAAGAUUGGCUCAAUGGAGAAAGGAACAAGGUCUUGGUGGAAAUCUAGGAUUGCACUGAUGCGUGUUUUUGAACAUGUC